CGUUGUGCAUCCUGAGGUCGACUUCCCCGGAAAACAUCGUAGACGUGGCGGUAACCAUGACUGAGCGCACUUGGAUGAUGCGGGCGCCUCCGUCCGUCCGAUUGCCGCGGAGAUCGUUACCCGCACAUUCCAGAACGGCGGCGAACAUUCGGCACUAUGCAUCUCACCCUCCCUGCGUCGCACAAAUUUUCUGCGUCGGCAUCUCGGACUGGCAGUUGCUUAUUGUUAGAAUCGUCUUCUUCUGGUCUAUGCAAGAACGAGGGUAUGCGGAUUACCACGCGUUCCUUCUGCUGCUUAUCUCCGUAUCCCUUGCAUAUCCGUUCGCACGAAUCUGCAACAUUGUAUUUCCGAUCGGAUCCGGCAUUGUCACGUUGCAUCGCAUCCUGUUCUUCGCUGGUCGGAGACACGGUCGGUCUGGCGUUGAGGUUCCGAUUUUGCAACUGUACUCUAAUUUUCGCGGGUCUAUUCCGGGGCCAUUGUAAUUUUCGAAUAACGGGUUGGGCAUGAACUUAGCGAUCUACAAGCGGGCGUACGAUAAGAUGAUUUUGACGAAAGAGAAGGUUUUUCUGGAUGUUUGUAUGUGUACCAAAAGCGAUCAUGACGACUAGACGGUACAGCUGGCCAAUGAGCCUGGGUUUCUUGGAAUCAAAUUACAAGAUUUUGUCUAUUUGUUGAUAAUAUCAGCUCGUGUUGAGCAUUUUCUAAUAUCAUAAUAUCUCGAGUUUUCCAUCUUGUCGCUCGAAUACGAUCUGUACAAUGGUCAUGUCAUGUAGAUAGGAUAAUGUUGGAAAACAUGAACAGCAUAAUAUCAGACGUAGAAUAUGGCUCAGAGUGUACCAAGUCGCAUAACUUGACGGUUCACCAUGUUUCUUACACACUAAGCUUGUCAGCACC